AAAAGCUACUGGGUUCAUACCCCAUUUAUAAAGGUUAUAAUCCUUUUCUUUUUAAUUUUUAAUAAUUCAUCAAAAAUUUUAUUUAUUACAAUUAUAAUUAUUGGGACAUUAAUAUAAUAGAAUUAGACAUUAAUAGGUUUAGAAAUUAAUUUAUUAUCUUUUAUCCCCCUAUUAAGAGAUAAUAAUAAUUUAAUAUCUACAGAAGCUUCUUUAAAAUAUUUUUUAACCCAAGCUUUAGCUUCAAGUUUAUUAUUUUCUUCAAUUUUAUUAAUAUUAAAAAAUAAUUUAAAUAAUGAAAUUAAUGAAUCUUUUACAUCCAUAAUUAUUAUAUCAGCUUUACUAUUAAAAAGUGGGGCCGCUCCUUUCCAUUUUUGAUUUCCUAAUAUAAUGGAGGGGUUGACAUGAAUAAAUGCUUUAGUAUUAAUAACUUGACAAAAAAUUGCACCUUUAAUACUAAUUUCUUAUCUUAAUAUUAAAUAUUUAUUAUUAAUUAGAGUAAUUUUAUCAGUAAUUAUUGGAGAUAUCGGAGGAUUAAAUCAAACUUCUCUACGAAAAUUAAUAGCAUUUUCCUCUAUUAAUCAUUUAGGGUGAAUAUUAAGAUCUUUAAUAUUUAGAGAAUCAAUUUGACUUAUUUAUUUUUUU